CUCUCUCUCCACCAAACCCCAAGAAUUUAAUGCGAAGACAGCUUGAAGCUCGCUGAGCUUGUACUUUCCCUUGCCUUUCAGACGACCCCAUCCAUAAUUCUGUAAACUUUUAUUAGAACAUCACAUUUCCCCUUCUCCUUCUCCAGAUAGAGACCAAACCCCUCCAGCAUUAACUCUCUCUCUCUCUCUCUCUCUCUCUCUCUCUCUCUCUCUCACGUCAAAGAUCAAGCCUUUUGUGGAGGCUUUAAAUUCGGUUUUUCUUAUUCUUGGGAUCUUUAUUGUUGGUGUUCGGUGAGUGGCGCACUGGUGGCGGUGGUGGUUGGUGGUUGUUUCUCUCUCUACCCCUCUCUCUCUCUGGUUGGGAAUUAAAAGGGUGUGAGAGAUGGGAAGGACUCCAUGUUGUGACAACAAGAAGGACUUGAAGAAAGGGCCAUGGUCGCCUGAGGAAGAUGAGCUUCUUCUGAACUACAUCAGCAAGAACCAUGGCCACGGAAGCUGGCGUUCUCUUCCCAAGCUUGCAGGUCUUCAACGCUGUGGGAAGAGCUGCCGGCUAAGGUGGAUAAAUUAUCUCAGGCCGGAAAUCAAACGAGGCCCCUUCAACAAGGACGAAGAGCAACUCAUCAUACAGCUUCAUGGCAUGCUCGGAAACAGGUGGGCUACUAUAGCUUCUCAGUUGCCUGGAAGAACUGACAAUGAGAUCAAGAACUUAUGGAACACGCACCUGAGGAAGCGCCUUAUCGCCAUGGGGAUUGAUCCACAAACACAUGAGCUUCUUGCCUCUAACUGCUUAAAUCACAAUGCAUCUGCUUCCGCGGCCACCCGUCACAUGGCACAAUGGGAGAGUGCCAGGCUUGAAGCUGAGGCUAGGCUUUCCAGGGAGUCAUCAAUCUUCAGCCAUGCUCCAGAGAAAUCUGAGUCUGACCAUUUUCUGCGCUUGUGGAACUCCAAUGUUGGAAAAUCAUUCAGAAAGCUUACGUCGGAUAAAUUUGCGUGCCAAAGCCCCAUUUCUCAGGCAUCUUCGUCGACCAAAUGUGGAUUGCUGUCAGCCGUGACAACAGAAGUUGGCAACAACUUAACAGGGUCAUCAACCAUGGCAGGCAAUCAAAAUGAAGAUUUGGCAUACAGACCUUUCUUGAUCAACACUGAAGAUGUAGAAUAUAAACCCUUCCAGUUCAACACUGAAGAGGAAGGGCACAAACUCUUCCAGUCCAACACCGAAGCGGGGGAAUUCAAGAUCUGCCAGUCUAACACUGAAGACAGGAUGGCGGGGUCUGUCUCCUCGUGCUCAAAUGAUUUGGAGAACUCAUCCGAUACUGCACUACAGCUGCUGCUGGAUUACCCAAUUAACGAUGACAUGAGCUUCUUAGAAAACAAUGCGGAUGACUAAGCAACAACCCCUGCGAGGUUGGCGCCCAAUUCUUUCAUUUGCCCCCUCUGAAUCCGGCGUCGAAACUUCUUUUGUAUUCGAAUCUGCUGCUCGAAUUUUUGGUGGUGGUUUUGUAUAAGCCGUCGAUUUAGUUAGAGAGCUAAGAUGAAGGGUCCUGUGCUUAAUUUUUGGCUUACAGUUAGCGGCAGUGCUGUUACCACUUAGUAGGGUUUCCACAACAAACCUAGUUUGUUCAGGAUCCAGUAUAUAUAGUACAUAGAGAUUCCUCAGUCGUUUGAGACAUAAAUU